ACAGUCACCGUAAACUUUUCGCUACCGUAGACUGGACAACUAGAGGUAAUGGCUUGUAGCGAAUUAUUUGCCUUUCGUUUAGGUCUUAGCUUGUUUCGUAUUGAUUCGUGGCAGAUGCAUGUAAACGUCACAAGAUGAGUUUAAAAAAUGUUGACUCCAGGAAGAACAGCGAACAUCGCAGCAUGGACUCGGAGAUCUUGAACAUAGAGGAGAUCGUGAUGGGACGAGGCUUGCCAGAUCCACCACCUGAGGCUCCCCCGGAAAAGCCGGCAGAACCCUACAAACCCAUCACUCUGAAUGGACCUCCGGCUCCCUCGGUUCAUUCCUACCAGCAUGAAAACCUGCAGUGCUUCCAGUGCUUCAUCACGUUCUGCAGUGCAAAAGCCAGGGAGAGACAUAUGAAGACGAGCCACCGGGAGGAAUACAAGCAGCAGCUGCAGCAGGGAAACACAUUGUUCACAUGCUACGUGUGCAACCGCACAUUUCUGUCAUCUGAGGAACUGACGCAGCACCAGCCAACACACAGCAAGGAUGACAAGCCCUUCAAAUGUGUUCACUGCAAAGAGAGCUUUAAAACGUUCUCUGAACUCACAUCCCAUAGAAGACAGGUGUGCCCAGAGAAACAAAUGGUUUGUAAAGAUUGCAAUGAAACGUUCCGUAGUGCCGGACUGCUGCGUGCUCAUCACCUGACCCAGCAUCCACGCCCAGAUGUCGAGACUACAGAACAGCCAGAAGAUUCUACAAAAACCCAUCGCUGUAAGAAGUGUGACCAGGGAUUUGAAGCUAAGUCGGAGCUGAUAGCACACAAGGAGAAAUACUCCGAAGGUCAGCAGUGCAACGGCAGCGCUUCAUCUGUCAAGAAACGCGGACGGCCUGCCAAGGCUGAAGACCCUGCAGGUGCUGAGAAAAAGGGAAAGCGGAAAAAGAAAGAGGAAGCAGACAUUCCCGAGAAGACCGUGAAGGCCGGCAGCACAUCAGACUCGACGGCAACCCCAGCGGAAGAAAAAGGGAAAGCAACGGUGACAGCAAAGUCAGAAAUGGAAGAUAAAAAAACUCCCGAGGACGAGAGUCAGGCUUCAGCAAAGGAGAGGAAACCUAAAGCAGAACCGACCCCACCCCGUCAGCACCCGUGCCCCAAGUGCGACCUCACGUUCCCCGGCUUGAUUCAGCUCCGUGCUCACAAGAAGGAGAAGCACGCCCCACGGAAAGCCCACCCCUGCGAAGAAUGUGAAGAGAGCUUUGCCAGUUCAGAGCAGCUGGAUGCCCACAUGUCCUGCGCGCACGCCGUGGGCCGAUUUGCCUGUCCGACCUGCGGGGAGAGCUUUGGCCGAGAGCGCACAUUGAAAGCUCACCAGCAAAGCCACCCAGAGGGUUUGGGCUACAUCACUGAAAAUGAGGUACAAGUUCUUGGAAGUGAUGAAAUCAAGGUUGAAGAGAACAGUUCAAAUCAACCACUGACUGCAUCCACUAGUCAAAAUAGACAGACUGCAAGCGUGCAGCUGCUGCAUCAUCGCGAUAUAAGGACUGUUCUGGUGAAAGAGGAAAGCAGCCUCAUAGUGAAUGAUGUUCCAGCCACAAAUGGCAGCAGACACAUUUGCUGGAAUGUAGAGACACUUAGUGAAAAUACAGUCAUCCCAACAGUAGAGGUUGGGGAGAGGACAACGGACUGUUGCAUCUUGCCAGAGUUCAACACCAGCCAGUGUAUUUUCUAUCCAGUAAAGGAGGAGGAGAGAGAGGUCCUAGUAGAAUCUGCUGGGACCAGCAGAAACCCAGAGGGAUCCCACGAUGCAAAUCAGACAGAAAGUCAAACAGCAGAUUGUUAUAUACGUGAAUCGAUCCAUUCUGUACCAGACUAUCAGGAAACAAGAGUCAAAGGUCUUUUCUCAGAUCCUGAGGUCAUCGAUCAACAAGCUGUGUCAGACUCUGAGUGGCAGCACCUACCAGAUCUUCAUGAGUUUCUCCUCCAAAGUCCCGAUGAAGAGGAUAUGGGUGGUUUUGAAUUGUCAGAUCCUCAGCUUGAUUCAGAAGCAGAAGUAAUUGCCUAUUUCUCCAAGAACUCGGCCAUCAGCGCACAACAGUCAGAUCACACAUCACAAAGUUUGCCAACAUCUGUGAUCCCGUCUAAUGCACCAAGAGAUGGCAACAGAACCAGAGAGCCCAUUGAUUACUUCUCUAAGUACUUUGGUUGGGAUACCUGGGUAGAAAUUGCCAACUGUACUAAUAAACUGUCCAACAUGCCUGACGCUGUCACGGGCAGGGAAGUUGCACGCUUUGUUGGGAUCCACAUCGCAAUGGGAACUUUGAAGUUUCCCAGUGCAAAGCUCUACUGGGAAGACUUGACUAAGGUUCCCUUGAUUGCUGAAGCCAUGCCGUUGUCCCGUUUCCUCGAGCUGUCUCGCACGUUGAAGCUGACUUCUUCAAAGUAUCCAGCCAACGCUAAUCCCCACAAAGGAACUUGUGAUAGUGAUCAAUGUGGUGACGAGGCAAAUGGCUCAGAUGGUUCAAAACAGGCUGAUCCCCUGUGGAAAGUUCAGCCAUUAUUGUGUCGUUUCAAAGCAGGGUGCCAGUCAUUAAGACGAGAGGGCGAUUAUGCAGUUGACCAAUAUCCACUUCCUCUCACUGGGAAGGUGCACAACAACAAACUGUCUCUCUACAGCACUGCGUUAAUUGGAUUUGACGGCUUACUCUUACAUGUCGAUCUUAAGGUGGAUCUCUCAGACAAAGAAGGUUCUGUAGAAAAAAUGGUCCCCAAAGGUAGUAUGGUGUUCCUUUGCAAACAGGAACUCUCCACCCCUGUGAUGCUCGAACGCCUUUUAGGUGCUGGGGUUCAUGGAGCAGGCAGGGUGGGAGGGGCUCGAGGACAGAUCGGGGAUGAGUUUGUGAGCUCAGAUGGGAAGUUGAUGCUGCGCAGAUCCCAUUGUGGCUUCAUACUUUCUACUGCGGGAAAUGGCCAAAGGAGCGCGGCCUCUCUCAUUGAAAACUUUGAGAAAGCCCAGAUGUCGGCCCGUCUCCACAGAGAACUGAAAAAUCUUUAUGCAAUUCCCCUCACUGCCUCUGCACCAAGCUGCUGGCCCCAAGCAGUGCUCUGGUACCUCACGGAUCUGGCUUUGGUAAACUCCUGGCUCCUGUAUCGACAGGAUUUCAGAGCAUCCGUGCCACCUUUGACUCUCAUGGCUUUCAGAUUGGAAGUGUCCAAGGCUUUGAUCCUCUCCAGUUGCUCGGAUACCCAAGACUCAGUUCCUCCCCAGCCGCCGGCAGCAGAGGUUCACACAACAAAUGAAACCCACAGUCCCAUCCUGGUGGAGGAGAGUCCUCUGCCAGACGCAGCCACACGAUAUGACGGCUCAGGUCACUGGCCGGAGCAACUUGGAGAGGGAGAGGGGGGCAGGUGCCGUUUUGGGGACUGUCAGAGGACAUCACGAGUGUUAUGUCUCAAGUGCUGUGUCUUUCUUUGUAUCUCACGUAACCACAACUGCUUUUUGAAUUUCCAUAAUCAGGGAAGUUUGGGAAAAGAAUAGUAUCUGCUACAGAAUUUACCAAUCUCUGAUUGUAACUGUGUUUUUGGUGUAGGGAAACUCACUGCCUUUCAUUGUCAUUCUUUUUUAGGGCUGUUGUGAUACAUUUUUAAAAAAUCUUAAAAUGUCAUUUAGGAGUUGUUUAAAAAAAAAAAAAAAAAAGAGUUUGCCCUCAGAAAGAAAAAAAAAAGACUGAGAGCCACACACUGCUGGAAAAGAAGUGUAAAAAGUUGUUUUUUCCACUGUGGACAU